AUGGAUGCCAACGCUCUAUUGAAUGAUAUAUUGAUAAUCUUACAGGCUGCCUCAGCUAAAUGUAAGGUUACCGAUGAAAAGUUUCCAUCGACUUUUUUUGAAUCCGAUCCUGAAAAGAUAUAUGAUUCUUACGUCAAGUUUAUAAAGAAAUCCAUUGAUAGUGAAGGUGAAAUUAAAAAUGAGGAUAGAUUAAAAUUAACAACGAUAAAUGAUAAAUUUCAAAAUAAUGAGUACCGAAGUGAAAAAAAUGGAUUUUAUAGACUUUUCCAUGAUGUUAAAUUGGUUUGCACUAUGUUAAUCCAUUUUUAUUCUCCAGGAACGAGGAAUUAUCAAAUGGUUGACAAAUUUUACAAAUUUUCAACAGAGCUUAUAUUGAGAGAAUGCUACAGAUUGGGAGUUCAAACUUUCAAAAACGAUGAAAUCACUGAUGAAACAAAUAUUGCUAAUGAAGAUGAUGAUGAAACCGAAUUAGGUGAUGCUAUAAGUAAUGAUUUUAUCAAAAUUUCAACGAAUUAUAAAGUUCCAAUUAAAAAAACGUACCAUAUAAAGACUAGAGAUACUGAUUUAUUUUCAUCUAUAAUUACAAGAUCAUCCUUAGAUAAGAGACCAGUUGAACUUCCAAAUUCAAAUUUCGAAAUCAAUAAUGUCAUACCACAAACAAAUCUUUUCGAAGAAGCUCCAAAAUUAGGGUUUGUUGCAGCAAACACAAGUAAUAUUCCUGAUCCUACUCUUCCACCCACAGAUAUGAUGAAUAAGUUUCUACAUCCAAACUGGUACGCUUUACCAACAACCACUUGGUUAGAAUAUGGCGAUUAUAAAUCAUGGGCUCCUUCAUUUAAUGAAAACGGAACUGUAUUAGACUCUACUGCUCGUGGUUUAAUUUGGUUACAAAAAAUUGGUUAUACAAAUAUUUUAAACAAAGAAAAUGAGAAAGUGAAGAAACAAGGAGAAGAAGACGAAGAAGAACAAAAGGGAGGAAUAAAGGAACAGAAAGGGGAAAAAAAAGUGGAGGCGAAAGAUCAAAGAGAAGGCGAAGUUAUCACCGAAGAUUCCGUCAUCACGAAUGAAUCAAACAGUGGUGCAUCUGAAAAUGAAAUCAGUACUCCCAAUGAUAUCAAAUUAGAAAACCUUUUUGAAUGGACGCCAGGUAGUUUUAUUGAUGAUGACGAGAAAGAGGCAUUUAAAAAUGGUACACAUAAUAAAUUAGUUGACUCAAUUCUUCUGAAGAUUAAAAGACUAAGAAAAGAUAGAGUACAAAAUAAGAUUACAAAACCAAGUAUAGAAGAGAAAAAAAUGUAUUUUAAAGUGAAAAGGUUAUUGAGAGAAGUUCUAUUGCAAAAACAAAUCUCUAAACUGCCAAUGAACCAUUCUAAAUUACUUCCUGUCCUACAGGCUAAUUAUAACGGUACGAUUCCUGUUGUAAGAGCAACAACUGGUAGAAAGAGAAAAUAUAAUAAGAAUAAAUGA